UGGGAAGAAAAGCGGUAUCCCUAGGGGGAGACGGAUUUUCCUAUGAUGGCACAUGGCACACACGGCUGGUUUCUAACUUUUUCUUUUCCAGCUAGGACGGUUUGCUACUUGCCUUGAUCUUGUUCUUUUUCUAGGAAAGCGUCGGCAAGAUCGCUUUGAGCCCAUUAUAACGCCUUUCAUUCUUAAUCGUCGCUCUAUAUACUGUUUUCUGCGAGUGUACAGCCAUGUUUAGGAAGCGGCCCCGCCCAGCAUGGCCUGCUUCCCUUCCCCCGCCGAGCUGAGCGAGCCCCGCUGUGCCCUGCGGAGCCCAACCUGACAGGCUGACCUUCUACUGGACCCGCAGGACUCGCCGCUGCUCGGGCCCGGUCGGCCGCCGCUCGCCAGCCCGGCUCUGAGGAGGCCGCUGAGGCCAGCGCCCGCUAGCGGAGCCCCACGAUGGACCUAGCACUGGAGGAGGACGACGAACUGGGACACAUGGACCAAUUUAAGAUGCCGGAGAAGCUGCGGGAGGGCAUGACGGGCUUCAAGGACCGUCAGAUGCGGCGCUUCAGCCUGCCCACCAGCUCGCGCGGCCUCCUUCGGGUGGGGGGUGCCUUGCCCGGGGGGGCCGCGGCGGGGGCGGCCUCGGGGGCGGCAGACGAGCCGCGCAGGUCCUCGGUGGCCUCCGUCUGCUCCACCGAGUCGUCGUACACGGGCAGUUCGUCUGACGAGGAUGACGUCUCCCCGAGGGAAAAACUACAAAAGAGCUCCUCGGGCUUCUCAGACUUCUGCGUCAAGAACAUCAGUCAGCAUGCAUUUGGUCGGAGAGAGAUUGAAAUUGCCGAACAAGAAAUGCCGGGAAUUAUGGCGCUAAGGAGAAGGGCAGGGGAUGAUAAGCCUCUGAAGUCCGCCAAGAUAGUCGGAUGUACUCACAUCAAUGCUCAGACUGCUGUACUUGUCGAAACGCUAGUAGAACUAGGAGCCCAAGUCAGAUGGGCUGCAUGCAAUAUUUAUUCAACGCAGAAUGAAGUUGCGGCAGCUCUAGCUGAAGCAGGAUACCCUGUAUUUGCCUGGCGUGGAGAGACUGAGGAGGACUUCUGGUGGUGUAUAGACAAGUGUGUUAAUGCUGAAGGAUGGCAACCCAACAUGAUUUUGGAUGAUGGAGGUGAUGCCACCCAUCUGAUGCUCAAAAAGUACCCAGCAAUGUUCAAGAUGAUCAAAGGAAUUGUUGAGGAAAGUGUUACUGGAGUCCAUCGUCUCUAUCAGCUCUCCAAGGCAGGAAAGCUCUCAGUGCCAGCUAUGAAUGUUAAUGACUCUGUAACUAAGACAAAAUUUGACAAUCUUUACAGUUGUAGAGAGUCAAUAAUUGACAGCUUGAAGAGAACCACAGAUAUGAUGUUUGGAGGGAAGCAAGUUGUUCUUUGUGGAUAUGGAGAAGUUGGCAAAGGCUGCUGUCAAGCUCUUAAAGGCCUUGGCUGUGUAGUGUAUGUCACUGAAAUUGACCCCAUCUGUGCUAUUCAGGCUUGUAUGGACGGUUUUCGAGUAGUAAAACUGAAUGAAGUGGUUCGAAAUGUUGAUAUAGUGGUAACAGCAACAGGGAACAAAAAUGUAGUGACAAGAGAACACAUGGAUAAAAUGAAAAGUGGCUGUGUUAUUUGCAAUAUGGGUCAUUCCAACACAGAAAUUGAUGUUAAUAGUUUGCGUACUCCUGAUCUAACCUGGGAAAAAGUUCGAUCCCAAGUGGACCAUGUGAUAUGGCCAGAUGGCAAGCGCAUAGUUCUCUUGGCUGAAGGAAGACUUGUGAAUCUCAGCUGCUCAAGUUUGCCUUCUUUUGUUGUUUCAAUCACAGCUGCAACCCAGGCUCUUGCGUUGAUAGAACUCUUCAAUGCUCCUCAUGGACGUUACAAAUCAGAUGUUUAUCUUCUGCCCAAGAAAAUGGAUGAAUAUGUUGCCAGUCUUCAUCUGCCUACAUUUGAUGCUCAUCUCACAGAGCUAAGUGAUGAGCAGGCAAAAUACAUGGGUCUUAACAAAGCUGGUCCAUUCAAACCAAAUUACUACAGGUAUUAAAUGACAGAAAAUAGAGGCAUUUGUAGUUACACAGAGAAUUAACAGGGCUACAAUUUUAGGUUUGGUAAGCUUCCUCUGAUGAUUACAGUGAUCAGGUGUUGCAAUUCUAGGCUUUUUCGUGUCGUAAAGUAACAAAAUGUUAGAAAAUUAUCUAAAAUUCGUGUUGAUUGUUGGUGAUUAGUUAUAAAUGCUUUUAACUAGUUUUCAUGGAACUUUGGUGAAAAUUUGGUAAGGUGGACUACCUUAAAUGACAGUGAUAAAUCAAGGCUUUUAAAUCAUAAGCGCCUACUCUGUAGCUGCUCUACAGUGCAAUUUAGGCGUUUAAAUAACGAAAUUAUUCUGAGAGAUUGUUAGUAGCGUCAAAUUCUGUGCUUGAUUUGGUAUGAAACUUACUAAGGCAACUAACUGGACCCCAAGCACUGCAUUUAUUGAUAAACACACCAGUGUAUACUUAUAGGAAUGUUCACAAUUAAGGAAUGUAGUAAUUUUUAGUGAGGCAAAUAUAAUUUGUGACAGAGUAAUUUUCAGUAUUUUAAGAUAUUGUGCCUGCCAAUUUGUCAGGGUGAAAGGAUCAAUUGUAAUUUGCUCAGAGAACAUGAGUAUCUGGCUGGCCUACUUAUUGUUUUGUAUUGUACUGUACAGUUGACUGAUAGUGGUGAAAAAAAAAUCGGUGCCAGUGUUUCCUAUGGUACUACAUUUUUUUAAAUGUCUAAUUUAAUUUGGCAUGAAUGAGGAGAAAUGGUUGGUGAGCUUAGAACAAAGUACAUAAUGUGGGCUGGAAACAUCACUAAGAACAAUAUGUUAAUUGAAAUCGAACCAUGGUUGCCCAGAGAAGUGACCAGAAAUAUAUGGCAUUGGUUUUAUUUUAAGAGAAAAACAAAGAAAAAAAAUGUGAACUUUAUUUUCAUAGUAAAAGGAGGUAAUUUUUACCGAACAAUUGUCUUUCUAUUACUUACCAAUCGGAAAUGGACAGAACAGCCACCAUCAUAGUUCAAUUCUGUGGUUGUCUUAUUCUAAUUUUAAUAUUAAUUACAGUAACUAACUUAUCGGUGAAAUUUUAAAAGUGAAUACUGUCAUUUAUUUUUCAACAGGUAUAGUUCUGAAGUGACCUGUUAUGCAUUUUGUCAGUUUUAGGUGUGCUGCAUGCAAGGUUAUUCAUUCCUUUGAUUUUUUUAUGUGAACAAAUACAAUAUGUAUCCAUAUUGUGAUUUGUUAUGAUGUUUUCAGUGGUUAUUCCUAUUGAUACUAUUAUUUGCUUAUCUCCGUCCUCCCCAUCUGAUUGUGGAAUAACUGUAACUGAUAAAUGUGGAAAUGUGGACAUAAAACAGCUGGACCCUUGCACCUUGCAUACUGUCUUUAAUCAUCUGAAUUUAUUUUCAGAACACGAAGUUAUUUUAUUAUUCAAUUUUUAAAAUGCUGCUGUUAGUUGACCAGACUGUGGGGAAAAUUUCACAUAAAUAGCGUUUAGCAUUCCAUGUUCCCUAUUGCCCAAUCAGAUGUACAAGUUAGUUGUAUAGGUGGAGCUAUUGUUUCUUAGUUAGCCUAAUUUUGUUUUGAGUAUUGUGCCCAGUAGUAUCACAUAGUUGUUCCAAUAUGUUAUACCAUCAAUGUAUUUUUAAUUCAUAAUUUUGUGAUACUAUGUAUUUCACUGGAUAUCAGGUGCUUUCAAGGUUAAUUUUUUGAUUGUCAUUUCCAAAUCUUGUUUUUGCAAGUGUUUUUAAUUUCAUGAUUUCAUAUGAGAUGUGAUAUUGGUAAGUACAGAGAACUAUACCUCCCAAUCUUACUAAUGCAUUCUUAUUUUACCAUUCAAGAUUUUCAAGUUUUUUUUUUUUAACCAUUCUCAAGUAGUGAUGGGUCAACCUCCUCUUCCAUAGAUCUUCACUUAAUCUUUACUUAUAAAAAGCAGUAUGUUUUGGACUCUCAGUUUCUAAAAUUUUGUCUGUUGCUGAUAUUAUUUCCUUCCCACUUCCCACUAAACUCCCUCUUAUCAGCCAAACUAUUUUGUUUCUUUUAAUGGUUUUGUGUCAUUUAAGAAAAUAUACAUAGCUAAGUGGUUCCAGACUAAAAUGCAGAAUUGGAAGCUUUUUUUAAAAAAAAAACAAAAAAAAACUCAUAAUUCUUGUCCUCAGACAUAAGUGAAAAGGCACUCCUCUGAUGCCCAAGUUGGCUGUGUCUGUGAUACUGUAACUUAACUAAAAUCCAGAGGGACCUCAAUAUUGUAAUUGCUUCGAAACUGUAGAUAUGACCCAUCACAUUUCGUUUUCAUGAACUGUAUUAUGCUAUGAAUGUGGCUGAGGUGUGACUUUGGAGUUAAGAAAAUCCAUAAUGACAAUAGAAUUGAAAUCCAUCCCGUGGAAAUUAUUGUUGAUGUUACCUACUAUUAAUUGUUGAAUAUUUGAACAAUAAAACAUAAAAUAAAUGAAGAGUUCUCCUCACAUAGGCUUGUUAGGAAGGAAUUUAUUGCAAACCAUACCAGGGUAUAUGGAUUGUACAGUGAUGUGAUGUUGUUACACAUUUUCUUUUUAAUCAAGUGUAUAGUGCUACUCAGAUACUUGAGGCUUGGCUAGUGCAUUGCCCAUCAAGUUGAACUUUGGAUACAGUUGCGGGUAUGUGAUGUGAGUUGUAAAUGCUCAGUCUCUUGAUGAUUUCUCACGACAAACCCUAUGGGAAGUUUCAUCUAUCACCAAACUAUACUUAAUAUCAGUUCACAUCUGUUUGAUUAUAGUACAUAGAGAAUAUCAGCAGUGCAUAAGCUUGAGACAUUCAUGCCCUCUCCAAAGUUGAGGUAUUUCUUGUAACCUGAUAGUACUUUUACAAUGUGUACACUCUUACUUUAAGAAAGUAAAUUUGAAAACUGCCAGUGUUGUCUAAACUCUUUAAGAUAAUUUUCCCUUUAUGGUUGUUGUAAUUUGCUGACAACCAUUCCCCAAUCAGUGAUCACCAUCUGUGUGUUCGCAAAUUUAAACAACCCUAAGAAGCCUCCACAUUCAUGUACCCAUUUGAUUUUAACUUUUUACGCAAAUCCAUGAGAAGUUUCAAUUUUCUUAUGGUAUGAAUGUGACUAUAAUUCCUGUGAAUCACACAGGCUGAGCUGAAUUUUUUACAGAGUAUGGAUCAACUCUUUCAUGCUAUUGUCAAUCUGCCAUCAUGCACAUUGCAUACUGUAUUAUAAGGUAUUGAAUGUAUUGUAGUUGUGUUACUGGGCUGUGUUGACUGCUAUAUCGUAUCAGCCCUUAAUUGUUGAAAGACAUACUGUUUAAUGUUGUUAAAUGUAGCAUGGUACUCUUAUGCUGAUAUGGUACCCUGCAGCUAGGCAAGUAUGAGUUGUAAUUUUUGAAUUGUUGACACAAUAAACACUUUAAACCAA